UGUUGGUAUUGUUUAUAUUGACCAGCAGAAACUUUUACCAUGUUUUUUUUCAGUGUUUUGGUGAUAACGGCAGUAUGUGUGACAAUAUAUUUUCUUGUUAAAUAUCUUGGCGAGUAUUUGAGAUGCGUCGAGCUGAUGAGGAAAUUGCCUGGACCAAAAACAGUCCCGAUCUUGGGAAAUACAUUAGAUUUCGUAUGCGAUGAAGUGACGAUUUUCCUCAAGAUCAGAAAUUGGUGUAGAACAUAUGGCCCAGUUUUUCGCCUGAAUAUGUCGAGCUUCUACCCUUCAGUCAACAUUGCAGGAGCUGAACAAUUUGAAGUUAUCGCAUCCUCGAUGAAAAAUAUUCGAAAGCCAAUGGUAUAUUCCUUUUUGAACCGCUGGCUGGGGGAGGGCCUCUUGACUAGCACAGGAUCGAAAUGGCAUACCCGGCGAAGAAUUUUGACGCCAGCCUUUCAUUUUAGUAUUUUGCAACAGUUUGUUGGAAUAUUCAACAGCGAAACAGAGAGAUUGAUUCAAAUUCUCAAAAAAGAAACCGAACAUUCUUCGACCAAUGUUAUGCCUUUGAUAUCUCAGUUUACACUAUAUACAAUGGCAGAGACAUCAAUGGGGACAAAAUUGAAUUUGAAAGCUGAAGAAGACAAAAAGUACGUUGAUUCUAUAAAUAAAAUUGGAAACAUGUUUGUUCAGAGAAUGAGGAAGCCGUGGUUUUACUUUGAUUGGUUGUACUACAAUCUAAGUGAGUUUGGUGCAGUGGAGCUGGGAUUGAUUGACGUGUUACACAGAUUCACCAAUAACAUCAUUCGGAAAAGAGCGGAGAACUUUGAAAAGUUCGAAGUGGAUGAACAUGAGGAAAGAAAUUACUGUUAUUCGAAAACCAAGAAAUUGGCUCUACUGGAUUUGUUACUGAACGCUAAGGCAAACAGUGGGGACAUUGACAACGAUGGCAUUCGAGAUGAAGUCAAUACUUUUAUGUUCGAGGGAUUUGACACUACAUCUGUUUCAAUUUGCUGCACGCUGUUGUUGUUGGCGAAUCACAAGGAUUGGCAGGAACUCGCUUAUCAAGAAAUCCUCCAGGUUAUGGGCGAUUCUACAAAACCACCUACCAUCCGUGACUUAAGUGAAAUGAAAAUAUUAGAAAGAAUAAUUAAGGAAAGCCUCAGACUUUACCCCAGUGCACCAUUCAUAGCUAAAUUAUUGGAAGAAGAAACAACGGUGGACGGCUUUCUCUUACCUAAGGGCAUUCAAGUUAAUAUUCAUAUCUACGACAUCCAUAGGAACCCGAAGUAUUGGACAGAUCCAGAAAAAUUCGACCCAGACAGAUUUUCGCCAGACAACUGCGCGAAUAGACACCCCUUUGCUUUUGUCCCUUUCAGCGCAGGACCCAGAAAUUGUAUAGGUCAAAAAUUCGCCAUGCUUGAGUUCAAAGCAGUGUUCUGCGGGAUCUUGAGAAAUUUCGUCUUGGAUCCAAUUGAUACACCGGAUAGUUUGAAAAUGGUAGCAGAUAUGGUGUUGAGGCCGAAAAAUUCAUCAUUGAGAGUUAAGUUCAGCAUGAGAAAUGCAAGAAUCGAAGAUGUGGAUGAAGGAAUUCUCAAUGAGGCUGAUCUUAGUCCCUUGGUUGAACCCGCACAGUCCCCAAAAGAACUAAUUUCUAAUGGAGUUGGAGUAAAGAAGCCUGACAGCGAAAUUGAAUAUACUGAAAUGUUUAUAGUAAAUUUUUCAGUUGUGGUGGCAGGAUGUGUGGCAUUAUAUUUUCUUGUGAGAGCUUUCAUCGAGCAUUUGAGAACGUUGAAAAUUUUGAAAGGACUGCCUGGGCCAGAACCUAUACCCGUCUUGAAAAAUGUUCUUGAAUUUUUGGGCGACGAUAUAACGUUAUUCCGCAAGGUGAGAUACUGGGCUAGAACAUACGGACCAAUUUACAGAAUUGACAUGACUUCUCUCUACCCUGGUGUGAACAUUACAGGUGCAGAGGAAUUUGAGGCGAUUGCUGGUCCAAUGAAGCAUAUUCAAAAGGCGCCAAUUUACUUUUUUUUGAAUCGCUGGCUAGGAGAAGGCUUGUUGACAAGUACAGGUUCCAAAUGGCAGACUCGUCGAAAAAUCUUGACACCAGCCUUUCAUUUCAGUAUUUUGCAGCAAUUUGUUGGAGUUUUCAAUAAUGAAACGAAAAAAUUAGUGGAAGUUCUUAGAAAUGAAACUGAAAAAACCUCGACCAAUGUCUUUCCAUUAAUAUCAGAGUUCACAUUGAAUACUAUCGCAGAAUCAUCCAUGGGGACCAAACUGAACCAGAAAACUAAAAAGGAUAAAGAAUACAUAACUUCCAUUAAUAAAAUAGGACACAUAUUUUUCCAGAGGUUGAAGAAACCAUGGCUAUACAUCUCAUGUAUUUACUACAAUUUUAGUGGAUUCGGACGUCAGGAGAUGAAAUUAGUUAAUAACCUCCACUCUUUUACGAAUGACAUUAUUUCAAAAAGAGCGAAAAACUUCGAAAUUUUCGAAGUGGACGAAAAUGAUGAAAGUAACUAUUGCUAUGCGAAACAAAAAAAGUUGGCUUUGUUGGAUUUACUGUUGAAUGCUAAGAUGAAUAGCGGGGAUAUUGAUGAUGAAGGUAUUAGAGAUGAAGUUAAUACCUUCAUGUUCGAGGGAUUCGACACUACGUCUACGUCAAUUUGUUUCACGUUGAUGGUUUUAGCUAACUACAAGAAUUGGCAGGAAUUGGCUUAUCAAGAAAUAAUUCAAGUCCUAGGUGAUUCUAAAAAAGAACCUUCCAUACACGACUUGAAUGAAAUGAAAAUAUUAGAAAGGAUCAUCAAGGAAAGUCUUAGGCUAUACCCCAGUGUUCCAUUCAUUGCUAGAAUACUAGAGGAAGACACGAUGGUCUGCAGCAGAGUCAUACCCAAGGGCGUACCGAUCAAUAUACAUAUCUACGAUAUUCAUAGGGAUCCUAAACAUUGGCCAGAUCCAGAGAAGUUUGAUCCGGAUAGGUUUUUGACAGACAACUGCGUCAACAGGCAUCCGUUCGCAUUUGUGCCAUUUAGUGCUGGACCCAGAAAUUGUAUAGGUCAGAAGUUUGCCAUGCUUGAGCUUAAAACAGUUUACUGUGGGAUCUUGAGAAACUUUAUAUUGGAACCUGUUGAUACACCAAACACCUUGCGGCUGAUACCUGACCUGAUAUUAAGAACAGAAAAUGUUUCUUUGGAAGUAAAAUUCAGGCUGAGACAUCCACAGUAGUGAAUAGGUGAUUUUUAAAUUCUUUUGAUUUCUUAUUUUCCACAAAUAUUCCUUCUUUACUGUUUCCACGGUGUUGUACAUUUCUGCAAUAACUUUCACUCUCAGGAAAAGCAGUGGCGUAGCCACGAUUCAGUAAAAAUCCCACACGCACGUCACUGGCAAUAACUGAAAUUGUAAGCAAAAAAUGCUUUUUGGUGCCAUGCAUGCAGAAGCAUAGUUUGUUUCACAAAAAUACUUAGGAUCGUAACAAAGUGAUGAAAAAAUAUGUUUUCUUGAAAAAGAACGUAUUAUUCAUCAUAUUAAUCACAAGCAAAUAUAUAUUUUCUCACAAGAACCUGCAUCAUAGCGCAUUGAAAUUUUACUCGAUUCUACGUAAGAAUUAAUACGAUUACAUAUGAUCAUCUGUGAAUAAAAAAACAUUGCUGCAACAAUACUUUAUUUACUUUAUUACAUUUCACAAAUACAUAAAUUUCACAUCCAUAUUUGAUUUUCAAACUGCAGGGAACAGGUUUCCUUCUAGGUAACAAUAGCAUAAAAUUCAAUCGUUUGUGAAAUUUCUGAACUGAUCUUAUUAGAAAGUAUCUAAUGCCUUUCGAAGGGACAUUCAUCAAACUGCAGAGAACAGGUUGAGUUGUAGGUAACAAUUAGCAUAACAUUGAUUCGUUUGUGAAAUUUCUAAACUAAUCCCAUUAGGAAGUUUCUGAUGCCUUUUGGGGGGACAUUCAUCAAAUUACAGAAAACAGGUUUCGUUGUAGGUAACAACAGCAUAACAUUGAUUCUUUUGUGAAAUUUCUGAACUAAUCCUAUUAGAAAAUGUCUGAUGCCUUUUGAGGGGACAUUCAUCUGUAGCAAACUGAUUGAUCUGAAUCUUUAUUGAGAAAGAGAAGGCUUCAAACAUGUUCUCCGAAAAGAUACUUCUAGGAUAGUUCCACUCUAAUAUCUACAUCUAAAGAAAGUUCAUUGAUACUUUUACAGAAACUCUUAAUUAGUAUCAUACAUGGAAUAUUACAGUUCAGUCUCAACAAAUCACAAUCAACGUUCUCAACUUUAUUUGGAGUGGUCUUGUUGAAUUUUUGCGAAUUGAAUAAGCUGAAAGGAGUAUGGACGUUUUAUUGUUUUGUCAGCUAUUUUCCAUACAAGUAUCAACUUCAACAAAAUAUGGUACUUAGAUUUUUGAAUAUUGUCUCUAGAUAAAAACUAAUUGAACAGUAUUAUUCGUCAGAUAGUCCAAACUGUCAGAUUCUAAAAACUGUGGGAAUAUACCAAAAAAGAUUUGUAUUUUUCUGAUCGAUAUGAAUUGAAGUUUGUAAUAUCUAUUUCAUAAAUACCAUUUUUUUGAAUUUCAACAACCUGUAUCUCAGAAACGAAGCAAUUCCGGACGUAUGUUUGUGUAAACUUUUGUUUUUAACGACCUAGCGAAUCACCCUCUGAAGUUUCAUAUCGUAGUUAGGGACCACCCUGUAUAAGAUGAAUACUAUGAAUUGAAAAUUGAUAAUAUUUAGUUAUAAACUGGAAUUUUAAUUUUGAUCUACCGUUUCAGGUGAAUGCUCUAUUUAAAUCGUAACAAAAACAAAUAUAUUCACCUACACCAGAAAAAUCUAUUUGAUUUCACAGGCCAACGAUGAAAUUUUUCUUUUUACUUAAAACACCUUUUUAUUCUGUUUUUUCAGGGUGCUAAAUCCAAAUAUGACACUUAUUAGGCCGUGUCAUCUACCACUCUUUCACAUUUGCACAUCAAUAUAUUACAUUUUUUGAUUUAUUACACAAUUUAACAGCUUUUAUAUACUACAAAUAAAAUUGUAAAAUAAUUUGUGCUAGAUGUAGAAGAGUUGGCAGCACUGAUGAAAUACAUUUACUGUCUAGAAAAACUGGAAUUAUAUUGUUCUGUUCACA